UACCAGUCCCCUGACGAGUUUCGCACUUCCAACUAAAUCAGUCGUAACCGUGUGGAGCUAACCUACACUUGAAACUGAUGCAAGGCAUUGUCAUCCUCGGGCCCUGCUAAUUUGGUUGUCAAAAUGCGGAGAAGCCCCUCGAUCCCUGGGCCCAGAGAUCUAAGGUUUACACCUGAAAAGAGUUGCAUGGGGAAGCGCCAGCCGCGUCAAAGGUUCGAUUUAACUUCAGCUCGCUGAUUACGGAGUACUUGAAACAGCCCUGUACGCUUGUUCUCCAAUCGCAACGGAUCCCACCAAGUAAGUCCCCACGACGGUCCAGAAGGGGUGCUAAUCAUGUCUUUCACGACGACGUCCGAAGCAUGUGAUAUGCGACAAAUGAUUCCAAGGAUUUACGUGAACUCGAGCUCAAGUCGCUUAGUCUCGUAAUUUUUAACAGGUGAGUUUGCUGCAUGACGCGAGAGAAAGGCAACAGCUUUAUGUCUUGAGCCUCGGAUGAUGCUACAUCUGUUCUGAUGGGAUCAAGCCACCCUGGAACCCAGAUCGGUGGGAUCUCAUCUUCUACAUCGUCCAGAUCUCGACGUACUCAUCCUGCGCAACCACAUCCUGGUCCUAGUUACCCUCUCCGGCUUUGCUUUGACCUUCCGUGUCUGCAGACCAAGAUCUCUCCCUUUAACCUGGGAUCAAGAUAUGUCCCUGCGCUUUGGUGAUGUCUCGACCGAGGGGUAGUUCAGGGUCUAGUCUGUGCGAGAACAAAUAACGAGGAGAUGCAAGCUCAACGGAUCGGACAGAAGACUAGAACUCUCAACCGACGCCAUCUCUGGCUCAUGCGACUAAACAGCGAAUAGCGAGUCAGGAUCAACUCGAGGUGGCGGAUUAGAUCAAUCCCUGGGUAUGUGCUGCACUACGCAGUCAUUUGCUGUUGCCCCACAUCUGAAAACUGCCCACCACUAGACGCAAGGACUUUUGCGGGAAAGCUGCGUCUCGUUGCCUUCCAUCACGAGCAUUUAAUCUCGGAGGCAGUCAGAAUGUGGGUAUGGAGAGAAAUGUAAACAGGUUGUCAUCUCAUUCCUGGUCAAAGUCGACAAUAAAAGUUGGUACCGGCAUUCUCUAAAAAUUAAGAGCCUCUCUAUCAAACUUGUCGAGCGGUUACGAAAGAGUGGACGGCGCAAGGUAUGUUGUCCAAAAUACAACGGUAGCGCCACCUGUGGAGGACAACCUUUUCGGGAAUUGCCUAAAGUAUAUCGACAGGGAGGGCUGAACCUGAACCUGAACCUGAACCUGAACAGCCGCCGUGACAGCCUGGCUUGGCAUCGACAGUCAUGUCAAGCUUUAGUAUCGUGGCAAUAGUUCUUGGUUCGCAGAUGGCUCGCAGGUGGAUUGCAUUUUCAACGCCUGGAGACUGCUUUGGGCGCAGCCGUGCGGCUGCAAAGAUUCGGACCGUCUAGUAACGAGCCAUCGAGCCAUCGAGCAUCUUCCAGCCUUCAGGAUUGUUGUGUUGGGACUGGGUCUCAUGGCCUUGCCUCCAGGGAUAUCCCCACAAUGAGUCCAUACAAAUCUGUGUACCAUCUCCACGCGGACCAAGAUGUUCAUACUGUUCAAUAACCAAUCACACUGUCUUCUCAUAUUGGAUGGACGGGACCGACAUUCCUGCAUGUCGAGGCCAAUAGAGUUCAGUCCGUACGGAGUCUCAACUUACGAUGACUGGCGGUGUGGUCAGUGCUCACUUGCAUUGUGGCGUUUUGUUCCAAUCCAACAUCCAUGAACAUCUUAUCUUGGCAGCGCCCGCCUCCCAUUUCGACCGCAUCAUGCCCGUUCCGGCUCAACUUGACAAGCCCCAGGUGUUCGUUUCGACUCAGAUUGGACAAGAGCCUCUGAUAUGGGACCACCGAUUCCAUACUAGCAUAUCCCGGGGAUGGGCGGAGCCAUCUUGCUUGCAUCGUCCAAGGACAGGACCACCGCGUAUUCCCAUCCGACAGAACUGUGCUUUGAGGGCCCUCACACCACACGCCUCACACGAACUUGCGAACUCUCCAGUGGCGACCUUUACUCGUACCAUACAGGUCCGUUGCUUCCUCGUGUCCAGUGGACUCCUUGUCAUGUUGCGCAUUCGUCGACUAGGGCAAAAGCUGUUCCAUCGCCCGUCAAUUUCUCGAUGUGGCUGUGGUUGCAUCUGCAUGGCUGCAAUCAUCUCGACUGGUAUGCAUGCACUUUAUUGAAUAUGCAACCCAGCGAGACAGUGUUUGGCUCCCAAGUACCGUCCUGCAUUAUCAUACGCAUCCAAAUGCAUGCUGCAAGGCUGCUGGACAUUGGCCUGAAAUGAACAAGUAUACAAAAAACUUAGAUGUUGGGGAUCGGCCCGGUAUGACCAAGGUUUAGAAUCCAAAAUCCAAAUCAGCGCGGCUCAAAAGUGUCUGUCCCUUCAGCAGGCAGCGUGCUUCUCGAUUUCCUCAGCUUGCUCUUUGUCAUUUUGCUUGAAUAUCUUGUUCUGAAUCGGCCAACUCGGGGAAGAUCCAAAGCCACCAAAUCGGGCGACUUGAGAUCUUGAUGCUCCGCUUUGACCAGUGCUCCAAACUCCGGCAAUUGAUCCAACACAACCUCCCUUGCUGCAAAACGGGGCACGUCUGGGUCGAUCGAAUUUGUCGGGCUCUCGUGCCUAGCGACUCUUGUGGUGCGAAAGGAAUUCAAGAAACGGGCCCUAAACAAGAAAGGGUCCGUGUGUGAGAGUGUGUGUGCGUGUGAGGACUUUGCUGGGUGCUUUGCCUCUUGACACGAUCCAAGGGGAGAGCCUCUGACCAAACCACUCUCUGGACUUCACAUUCCCGCACACCUUGCAUCCAAGCUCCAAGACAGCGCGUUGCGUUCCGUGGCCCAGCCCUCAUAUAGCAGCAAAGCCUGUUGGUGGGCAGUCCAUUGCUUCAAGCCCUCGAGCCUGUACUCUAUAUUUCGUCGUCUUUUUAAACCACCCCUUGUGACCAGAACCCAUCAAGCCCCCCUCCUUCUCCUCGUCGUUGAACACGGUUAUUGAAUGGUGGAGAUCCUGUUCUCGACUUGUCAAACGCUACACGGGCAAGGCAAAUGUAUCAUCACACAAUGCAGUCUCCUCAAGCAGAGUACGGGGCAGAGGCAAGCUCCUUCGACAUGCCACCUCACCAAACCACCUCGUUCGACCAAAGCUCGCCACUCACCUUGACUGCAGAGUGCCCGGAAUUGUCUCCAAGCUUCUUCUCCAAUGAUAGUUCUCUGAUUGCCGGCCUCGCACAGCGACGAUCCUCUAUAGAGUCUUUCAGCAGCACUUCGGCGCCACCUGAGCUGUUCUUCACGCCGUCAGCGGCAACGACAAGCCCGACAACUCCGAUGAUGGUGCCUUCCAAGGCGAUUGCAUCCAAUACAAACCUCCCAAAGGCCACGUGUUUCUCCAAUUAUCACCCUGUGCUUCAGCUUUGUGGCGAUCAUGAAGACGUCAACGUCGACUCGUGGAUGGGUAAGGUCGAGAUCCCUGGCCACAACUCGCAUCUCGAUAUGACUUUUGGGGUCCACAUGUCGGAUACACCUGGAGAAGAUGAUGGGUACAACAUGCUGGGAGGUGAAUACCACGGCAUGACCACAAUGGGCGCGAACCCUGCUUUGACCAAGUCCAUCUUCGACGGAACCACAGAGUUCAUUCCUUUGCAGGGAAUGGAUACAGGAUUGCUGCCAUGGAGCACUUGUCAGGUGCAACCGCCGUCACAGACAAUUGAGCCCAGUGCGACAUUUCAGACCGUGGUCUCCAGCUCACCUGGGUUCAAGAUGGAGCCAUCGACUCCACUCCAUUGCCACCUCUCAGCCUCAACCUACCUGAACAGCAGUCCUCUGCCCAUCCUGUCGCCUCUCGUGGUGCCAUCGCAGCACGACGUCGAAGAGAUCAGGUACGAGGCAGUGGAACAAGCCAUGAGAUCCAACGUGUCUCGGAAAUGUCGACCCACCACGGACAGAUUGUUUCGAAGAAGCUAUGAGCGGAAGAAGCUGAUUGGAGCGUCAGCCAAGCCCAAGCCAGCACCAACAAAGUCUGGCAUUGACUGUGAUGAGGUUAUUCCGCAGAACGAGUUCGCGUGUAGCUAUCUGGGCUGCAUCGACAAGAACACCAUGAGCCAGAAACGUUUCAAGCGACGAGAGCACAUGAAGAGGCAUGAAAAGACUGUACAUCAAUCCGACAAACCUUACAGAUGUUGGGUGCCCGACUGCAGUCGAGCUUUCUCGAGAAGCGACAAUCUCAAAAGUCAUCUGAGAAAUACUCACUCGAAAAAACCCGGAGUCCGGGGUAACAGAUAUGUCGCUACUUUGGACAAAGGCAGUGACUACUAUGACCCAGAAUGGUCUGGGUUGUUGGAUAAGCAAGGAUAUCCCAUCUUGUAAAUAUACUUUGUUCUGAUGUACCGGGCCUGUAGCCUGCAGUGUAGCCAUACAAGGCCUAGCGAGCGGGUUUGAUCCAGUCCAACUUGUGGAACUGCGCGAGAAGACAGGUCAGGCUCCAGGUGCCUUGUGACAGAGGACUCCGGGGGCAUAUUUUCGGGGCAAUACGGCGUUUGGCGGCAAAUGUCUGUGGGCAAAUUUCCAGGCGAACGUUGCGAGGCCAAAGUCGCAUGUCAAAAGUUGUUUGUGUCAUUAUCACCAGAAAAGCGAGAGAGUCGAUAGCUGACUUUGUUUUCUCUCAAAAAAUGGCAUGGCUUCAAUGUGUUCGGCCAGGGAUGGACAAUG